AUGACUGCACCAAAGCCCGAAGCUGAAUGUCCAUUGACACCCGUUGCAAUCCCUUUGUCGGACUUGCUCAAUGAAGAUCAUAAAUUAAAAGGCGAAAAGUUCAAUUCGUUAGUACGACAAGCCUUGAAUUUAUACAGAUCAAACUUCACUGCCGGUCGUACAUACAAGCACGAACAUGACACCGAAGUGGGAACAUUGAAGCUCAUGCCAGGUGAACAAUCUCAAAGGACAUCAAAAUGCGCUUGGCAUGCCCGUAAAAGCAUUCAUGAUCCGGCAACCCAAUCCCACAAAUUGUCCUACAAGGAAUUCCAUUCAGGUCUUUUUGUCGAUCAUCCAGUCAAGGAAAGACAAUAUAUUCAUGAAAUCUUGCGUUAUGAUAGGAUCCAAGAAGUUCAUUCGCCUACUAUUCCAGAAUCUGCUGCUGAAUAUAUCGCUGAUGUUCGUGCAGAUGUUUGGGUUACCGAGUACAAACUACCCAUGAUCACCAGCAAUAGAGACUUCUUGGAGAUGUUCUUGACAAUCGACCUCAAACCGCAUGCUAACCCAUUGUCAAGUCAACACAUCGAUGCCAUCAUCGCAUCCUUGAACGGUGAUGCUCAGGCCGAGAAGACUGACGAAGAAAGUGACUCCACCCAGAAACGAAGCAGUGCAAUCAACAUUCAAUUGCCCGUUUCGACUUCCGCCUUUGAACCACAAGCAAACUUUGUUCGAGCUUUCUAUAGCAGUGUGGAAAUCAUUCGGGAAUUGGAAGGUGAUAAAACCGAGUGGUGGAUGGCCGUUCAAUCAGACAGUGCUGGACGUGUUCCGCUGAUGUUCCAAGAGAUGGCCAUGCCCAGCAAAAUCUCACCCGACGUACCCUCAUUUAUCGGUUGGGCUGUCGAACAAAAGAAGAAAGGCGAGAGCGUUUAA